GUCAGUUUCGCGCAAAAAAAGAGCCACGAUAUCAUGUUGAAAAUUGUCAAUACGCCUCCGUAACGAAAUCUAUGCGGUACACCAACAUAAUCUUGGACUAGCUUUCAUCUUCUCUCUCAACAAUUCAUCGGAAAAUCAAUUAUUGAACGCAUCAGCUAUAUACGCAUCUUAUCAAUCGAGCGACUGGCCCUGAAUUCAACCAACACACCGACACAUCCUGCCGCUAGAUAUUGUAGUAUUGGUGUGAGUAAGAGAGAGAAAGAACAAGCCUGUGUGCGCGCUCGUCCGGCGGUUGUGCAAAUGGCGACAGGCACAGAGAGUCCCUCGACCGAGCGGUAAUAUCGCGCGAGUGUGGAAGGCAAGAGUUCCACAAGUGUGUGAGGAAGAGAGCACGUCCAUAAGUCAAACAACAAGAAGAACCAGGUGUUUACACCCAAGGAUUCCAUAGCCGAUUAUUCCAUCAGGAGUGCCUGGGACCAUCAUCCUCUUUCUCUCCUCCCACUUGCCUGCGUGUAAUUUUCCACCUUAAUCAAUAAAAAUGCCAGCUGUUCGAGGAGAGGGCAUGCGAGGCUUAGCUGUUUUCAUUUCAGAUAUCAGAAAUUGUAAAAGUAAAGAAGCAGAAAUCAAGAGGGUAAAUAAAGAAUUAGCAAAUAUUCGAAGUAAAUUUAAAGGAGAUAAAACCCUUGAUGGGUAUCAAAAGAAGAAGUAUGUCUGCAAGCUGCUCUUUAUUUUCUUGCUUGGCCAUGACAUUGAUUUCGGCCACAUGGAGGCAGUCAACUUACUCUCAUCAAACAAGUAUUCAGAGAAACAAAUUGGUUAUCUUUUCAUAUCAGUCUUAGUUAACACCAAUAGUGAUUUAAUUAAAUUAAUCAUCCAAAGUAUAAAGAAUGAUCUUGGUUCACGAAAUCCAGUUCACGUCAAUCUAGCCUUACAGUGUAUUGCAAAUAUCGGUAGUAAGGAUAUGGCUGAAGCUUUCAAUCGAGAUAUCCCAAAACUUCUUGUGUCUGGAGAUACGAUGGACGUCGUAAAGCAAAGUGCUGCUCUGUGCCUUUUACGACUUUUGCGAACCGCACCGGAUGUUAUUUCUGAUGGUGAAUGGACUUCUCGCAUAAUCCAUUUGUUAAAUGAUCAACAUUUAGGAGUAGUCACUGCAGCGGCAUCUUUAAUUGACGCUCUUGUUAAACGGAAUCCUGACGAAUAUAAAGGUUGUGUCAGUUUAGCGGUUUCUCGUCUGAGUAGAAUUGUCACAUCAAGUUACACUGACCUUCAAGAUUAUACAUAUUACUUUGUUCCUGCUCCUUGGUUAUCAGUUAAAUUAUUGAAACUUUUACAAAAUUACAAUCCUCCAGCUGAAGAUCCUGGUGUGAGAGGAAGAUUGAACGAAUGUCUCGAGACAAUAUUGAACAAGAUUCAAGAGCCACCAAAGUCAAAGAAAGUCCAGCAUUCCAACGCAAAGAACGCAGUACUAUUUGAAGCGAUCAGUUUAAUCAUUCAUAAUGACAGUGAGCCGAAUUUAUUAGUGCGAGCUUGCAAUCAACUUGGUCAGUUCCUCUCGAAUCGUGAGACUAAUCUACGUUACCUAGCUCUUGAGUCAAUGUGCCAUUUGGCGAAAUCUGAAUUCUCACACGAAGCUGUCAAAAAGCAUCAGGAGGUUGUCAUUCUCUCAAUGAAGAUGGAGAAAGAUGUCUCUGUUAGACAACAAGCUGUAGAUCUACUUUACGCAAUGUGCGACAAAGGCAAUGCUGAAGAAAUUGUCCAAGAAAUGUUAAACUACCUCGAGACUGCUGAUUACUCGAUUAGGGAAGAGAUGGUGUUGAAAGUUGCUAUUUUGGCUGAAAAAUACGCAACAGAUUACACUUGGUAUGUAGACGUUAUUCUCAAUCUCAUUAGGAUAGCUGGUGAUUACGUGUCUGAAGAAGUUUGGUAUCGUGUCAUCCAAAUCGUGAUCAACCGAGAUGAUGUGCAGGGUUAUGCAGCAAAAACUGUAUUUGAGGCUUUGCAAGCUCCAGCUUGUCACGAAAACAUGGUUAAAGUAGGUGGCUACAUUCUUGGCGAAUUUGGCAAUCUUAUUGCCGGUGACUCGCGUUCUUCACCCUUGGUGCAGUUCCAGCUCUUACAUUCCAAAUAUCACUUAUGCUCUCCUAUGACGCGAGCACUACUCUUAUCAACGUACAUCAAAUUUGUCAAUCUUUUCCCGGAAAUAAGAGGACAAAUACAAGACGUAUUCAAACAGGAUAGUAAUUUGAAAAGUGCUGACGCUGAAUUACAGCAGCGAGCAUCUGAGUACUUACAACUCAGUAUCAUUGCAUCUUCAGAUGUUCUUGCGACUGUACUCGAAGAGAUGCCGGCAUUUCCUGAAAGAGAAUCUUCAAUUCUGGCAGUAUUAAAGAAAAAGAAGCCUGGCCGUGUUCCGGAAAACGAAAUUCGCGAAAACAAGAGUCCAGCGCCAAACACCAAUCAUCACGAUACUUCAUCGGUUACAGUUACUGCUGCUGCUGUUAACAAUUCGUCAGCUGACUUGCUGGGUCUUUCGACGCCACCAUCCUCUCAACCAGCUGGCAACACAGGUGUAUUAUUCGACGUUCUUGGAGAUAUUUACAAUAUGCCUAACAAAGGAGCUGCCAAUGGCACUCAAGCCACUUACAAUGCCAAAAAAUUUGUAUGCAAAAACAAUGGCGUACUUUUCGAAAACGAUCUUAUUCAGAUUGGCGUAAAAUCGGAAUUCAGACAAAAUCUUGGACGUAUUGGUUUGUUUUAUGGAAAUAAAACACAGCAGGCUCUCUUAAAUUUUCAACCACAAAUAUCUUGGUCUGAUGAAAAUCAAGCAAAGUUGGCUGUACAGGUUAAACCUGUAGACUCUGUUUUAGAAGCAGGUGCUCAAAUUCAGCAGCUGAUAAAUGCUGAGUGUAUUGAUGAUUAUACAGAUGCCCCUAGUAUGAUAAUUUCGUUUGUUUAUAACAACUUACCUCAAAAGAUAACGAUGAAGUUACCACUAAUGAUAAAUAAAUUCUUCGAGCCAACGGAAAUGAAUGGGGAAUCAUUCUUCGCUAGGUGGAAGAAUCUUGGAGGAAUUAAUCAACAACGAUCACAAAAAAUAUUCAAAGCUGUGCAACCAAUGGACUUGGCACAAGUCCGCACAAAAUUGCAAGGCUUUGGUAUGCAACUUUUAGAUGGUAUAGACCCUAAUCCCGACAAUUUUGUUUGCGCUGGCAUUAUUCAUAUGAGGCAACAGCAAGUUGGUUGUUUGCUGCGUUUGGAACCAAACAAACAAGCUCAGAUGUUCCGUCUUACUGUACGAUCGAGUAAAGAAUCUAUAUCUGUAGAGAUUUGUGACCUGCUGGUGGACCAAUUUUAAUCGGCCUAGCAGGUGCACGUAUCAGCUCCAACUUAUUUUUUACACCUAAUAUAAAAUGAUCUUUGCGGUUAUAAGAAAAAAAUGAAAUGGAAUAUCGUUUGAUGGUAGUGCAACGAAAAGUCGCUCUAUUAAGUGUUAUUUAAUUGAAACUUCAAAGCGGAAACAAAAGUACACAUAUAAUCCCAUCUAAGCUUUCAGCCAGAGUUGCGCUGCAUAGAGGAAUGAAGAGCCUUUUCUCGUAUGUAGAUUAAUUAUGUGAGAAUCAUUUGUUACCGCAUAAGACAAAGUAAAGAAGACUAUAUUUAUCGUGUUGAGAUGAAGUCAAAGAUGAGAUUAAUUUGCAAAAGUCGACCAGACAGUUGGACAGUAUUAGUCCGUAAGCACUUAUAAUGCAGUGUUAAUGAGGUCAGUUCAUGGUAAUGUAAUUAGUUCGCCUUACCUCAUUUUUUAUUUACUUCUUUUUGCAAUUAUCUCAAGCAGAUUGAAAAAAUAACAGAAUAAGACUUCAAAAAAUAUCCGUGCACAUGGAGAAUAUAAAUUAUAUUUAAAUUGUCCUAUUAAUUAUUUUAUAUAAUUUUUUUUAUAUUAAGAUAUUAUUCAAUUGGAUAAUCGAAAGAACAAAGUGCAAAGUAAGAUGCGGGGACUCGCGAGAGCGGUGUAUAACAACGCUGGUGUACGAGAAAAUUGUAAAAUUAUUCUUUUUUUGUUAGAAUUGUAAAUAAGCGCUUGUUCGUUGUUACUUUUACGUCGACUUUUUUUUAAUGGUCUGUAAGUCAUGUGUAUCAAAGUAUAGAUGCUGACCUGACGGUGUUAAUUCUGAGUUGUACAUUUUCAAAAAAUAACAUUAAGUAAAUUUAAUGUUAGCCUAGUAAGUUUAUGUCUGUCCAAUACUCUGUUUUUUCGUUUGAAUUUUUACUUCUGAUUUAAAAUUCGUUUAUUUUUGUAAAGAAAAUAAUAACCAGUAGUUUUCCCAAACACUUCUUGCGAGUAUCGAUUUUUUUUAACCAUCAAAAUUUAUCAUCAAAAGCUGAGUAAUUCAAUGACUCGACAUUUACAAAAGAAUCUCAAUAUUAUUGUAUAUGUUCUUAUAAUGAAAAAUUAAAAUAAGUUUGAUGUCGAUCUGGAGGACUCGGCAAAUAAUUUUAGGACACGAAAUGCAAUCAUUGGACACAAUAUUUCAACUCUUAAAUCUACAUGAAUAAGUAAAUAUUAUUAUUAUUAUUAUUAUUAUUAUUAUUAUUAUUAUUAUAUAAAUCUUUUAAUAAAGUUAAGCGAGACACUUUGUUUUUUCUCUCGGUGCAUUAAAAUCGAUUUUCGCAAGCGUAAAUGAUCUUUUAUUAUAAACUUCAAAAAGAUAUUACCAAUAAAGAAAAAUGAAAAAAAGAAAAACUUUGAACCAUAAAUCAAGAACAUGAAAAAUAAAUGAGAAAAUGACGAUACCUGUACAAAGAUUUGAAAAAGAAAAUGAUAAGAGAUGUUGGUGGAAUCGUGCAGAUUAAGCGUUGUAAUUAAAAAGAUGUGUAACCAACGUAUACAUAUAUAUACACAACUGCAUACAGAUAUUGUAUGUUCGCAUAUAAAUAUUAUAUAUAAAAAAUAUACAUAAAGUGGACUAUUGUUAAAUUAUGCGCCGCGAAGUUUAUUCUGGUAAUAGUAGAUAUUAUUACAUCUCCUCACCCAUUUACCUACAUUACCAAUCCAUAAUUAUUCACUCAUAUCUGGUACCCGUCAUUUUCAACGUCGCUGUAUGGACAUUAGUUUUAAUUGAAAUAAUUACUCUCGUCAUCUACGUUUGUUACAAAUACACUAUUAAAUAAUAGUGAUGACGGGAGUCUUGUUUCUUAUAUAGCUGAUACCAUGCAAAUUAUAAUCAAAUUUUUUUACUGUUUCCUUGUUUAUUUAUGUCAUUUAUUUGUUAACGACAAUUCGAGAUUUAUCAAUUUUUUUUAAUCAAUAAACCAUUUAAUUGAAUAUAUGAUAAGAGUUCAAUUUUUCCAUUGUUAUUUUAUCGUAUAUGAGAGAUAAUUUUUAAGAGAUAUUGUAAAAAUUAGAUGAACUGUAUGUACUAUAUCUGUAGAUCAGAUUUAGUAUGAAAUUGUAAUUUGUAUUAUUGUAGAUAAUUACGGUUUAGGAAAUAUUUAAACUACAAGUACUCAAGUAUAAUCAAU